GUGUCACGAACAGCUGUGCAUUAAUUGAACGUGUUUUUGGUAAACUCACACCACUAGUGCUCACAUAACCCUCUGCGGCUUUUGCCUAUUAGAAAAAACACAACUGUAUUCAAAAUGCAAGUCACACGUCUUGUACUUCGUCAACUGAGACGUCAAAUCACUGCGCAACGCCAGUACAGCGCCGCUGCUCCUGCUGCUGCUGCCGCAGCUGAGAAACUCGUGCCUCCAGUGCCGGAAGGUGUAGCCAAACCACCAAAUCCAAAACUAGACAGCAUUGUCAACAACAUAGCUGCCUUGAAUCUGCUCGAGGUAGCUGAGCUUAGCACGUUGCUGAAACAAAAGCUAAAUCUGCCAGAGACUGCAUUUGCGCCACAGUUCGCGGCGCCUGGUCCAGCGCGUAGUGCGGCUGCCGAAGAUGAGGAGGAGGCGGCGCCCAAGAAGGUUCAAACCGCCUUCAAGGUGAAGAUGAUCAAAUUCGAUGAGAAGCAGAAGGUGGCGCUAAUCAAAGAGGUCAAGAAUCUGCUCGAGGGCAUGAACCUUGUGCAGGCCAAGAAGUUUGUUGAGAGUGCGCCGACCAUUGUGAAAGAGGACGUUACCAAAGAGGAGGCUGAGAAGCUGAAGGAGGCGCUGGCCAAGGCGGGAGCAGUCAUUGAAAUUGAAUAAGCUAAAACUAGUUAUUUGUUGUAAUAAAAACCCAUACAGC